AUGGGCAUCACCAUUAAACUAACUAAUGACACCCCAUACACCUGGUACUUCUCAUAUGAAAAAGAUGGGAAUGGGAGGAGACUCGGGGCAAAUCGUACAGUGACUGGUACGUGGCCUUUAGGAUUUUCCUUGUUAAAGUACCCCUUCCGACUGUUUGAUGCUGUCUUGGAUAAAGGGAUCUACCUAAGCUAUGGAAACCACUCCAGCUGGGACCUCCGGUCUGAAAAUCGCAUUGAUGAUUUUACUAUAAGAGAGAGUGAUGAUCGGGAAGACUUUGAACUGGUCAACAGUUCUGAUGAGGUAGUCGACCGCUGUCCCAAUUAUGCAAGAAUUGCAGAAGAGAAACGAGAGAGAGAAGAACGCGAAAGACAGAAACGAGAAGACCAGCUCAGGAAGAAGGAAGAGGAGGAGAAGCGCCAGGCAGAGCUGGAGAGAAAGCUACAGGAAGAGGCAAAAAGAAGACAAGAACAGUUACGAGAAUGGGAGAAACAACAACGUGAGAGACAAGAACAAGAAUGGAGAGAACAGGAGAGACUAGAACAAGAACGACGAGAACGUGAGAGACAAGAACGAGAAUGGCGAGAACAGGAGAGACUAGAACGAGAACGGCGAGAACGUAAGAGACAAGAACGAGAAUGGAGAGAACAGGAGAGACUAGAACAAGAACGGCGGGAACGUAAGAGACAAGAACGAGAAUGGAGAGAACAGGAGAGACUAGAACGAGAACGACAAGAACGUAAGAGACAAGAACGAGAAUGGCGAGAACAGGAGAGACUAGAACGAGAACGACAAGAACGUAAGAGACAAGAACGAGAAUUGCGAGAACAACGAGAACUUGAACGAGAAUUGGAAAGACAAAGAAAGAAUUUGCAAAGAGAACUGCAGAAGAAAAGGCAAGAGGAGAGAAGACGCCAGGCAGAGCUUGAGCAAACCAGGAGAAUACAAGAGCUGAUUGAUUUGGAGAAUAAAGCCUCCAAGCAGAAAAUCAAAAAAGCUACUGAAAGACUUCAGGAAGACCAGCAAGUGAAAGAACAAGUACAGCAACAACAUCAGACUGAAGUUCUGCACCAGCUGUUGGAUGACCAUACAGCUCACAUUGAGAUGGAUGAGGUAAAGUUCCGCUUUGUUUUUUUGGGUUCAUCCACAUGAUAUAACAUUAAAUCGGAUUAAUUCUAGCAGAAUUUGA